GAUGAACAGUGAAGUAAACAGCAGAUCUGCGAAAGCGACAAAGUUCUACAGAUCCACCCACUAAAUUCCAUCACUCACAAGACACACGCCUAAUAAAUCCCACUUUCCACUCUCUCUCUCUCUCUCUCUUCUUCAUCCAUACCUCCCAAUCCCAUGCGUGUAGUGCCCCUCUAUCCCACCGUCCACUCCACUCCCGUGACUCCAUUUCCAUCCCCCACCAAUCAAAUCCCUAAUCGCAACCAAUCAUCCACUAAUCAUCAAAUCCAUCUCCAUUAUUAUGCAGCUCAGACGCCCUAUAAAACACCCCCCAAAUCAAAAGCCUACCCAAUUCCCCAAUCUCAAAUCCCUAAUCCUAAUCCUAAUCCUCAUCCCCAUGGCCGCCCUCCUCUCCUUCGCCCUCCUCUCCCUCCUCCUCCUCCCCUCCCUCUCCGCCCGCCGCCACCCCCACCUCUCCGCCACCAACAUUGCCGUCACUGACCUCUGCAAGGCCUCACUCGAUCCCCAAAAAUGCCAAUCCCACUUCCCCCAAUUACCCCCCGCCGCCACCGUCAUCGACGGAAUCCAAUCCGCCCUCAAACUCUCCUCUCAGAAUCUCAAUUCCGCCCGGGAAAUGGUCCAGCAGAUCCUCGAUUCCUCCGCCUCCAGCACCAACCGCACCGCCGCUUCCAAAACCUGCCUCGACCUCCUCCGCUACGCCGAUCACCGCACCAGUCUCGCAUCCACCGACGCCCUGCCGCGCGGGAGGAACAAGGACGCCCGCGCCUGGCUCAGCGCCGCGCUCGUCUACCAAUACGACUGCUGGUCGACGCUCAAAUACGCCAACGACACCUCCCUCGUCGACAAAACGAUGGCGUUUUUCCACUCCUCCGUGAUCCCCUCCGGCAGCGACGCCCUCUCCAUGGUGCUGAAUUACGACGUCUUCGGCGAUAAAACCGGGCUCUGGGGCCCGGCGAGGACGGAGCGGGACGGGUUCUGGGAGCCCGCGCCGGCUCCGGGUGGGCCCGGCCCGGCCGGAGGCGUGCCGCGGGAUUUGAAGGCGGAUGUGGCGGUGUGUAAGGAGGGGUGUGAGUAUGAGAGCGUGCAGAAGGCGGUGGAUGCCGCGCCGGAUAAUGCCGGGCCGGGGGCCCGGUUCGUGAUAUGGAUCAAGGCGGGGGUGUAUGAGGAGACGGUGCGGGUGCCGCUGGAGAAGAGGAACGUGGUUUUCAUGGGGGAUGGGAUGGGCAAAACCGUCAUUUCCGGGUCGUUGAAUGUUGGGAAGCAAGGCAUUUCUACAUACAACUCAGCUACAGUUGCUGUUGUUGGUGACGGAUUUAUGGCGACUGGUCUCACCAUCCAGAACACAGCAGGCCCGGAAGCUCAUCAAGCAGUAGCUUUCCGAUCCAGCAGCGACCUCUCCGUGGUGGAAAACUGCGAAUUCCUCGGCAAUCAAGACACCCUCUACGCGCACAGCCUGCGUCAGUACUACAAGUCGUGCCGCAUCCAGGGCAAUGUCGACUUCAUAUUUGGAAACUCGGCUUCGUUCUUCCAAGACUGCCUCAUCCUUGUCGCCCCUCGCCAGUUGAACCCAGAGAAGGGCGAGAACAAUGCCGUGACGGCCCAAGGAAGGAUAGACCCCGCCCACACCAAAUAA